CGCCCCGCCGCGUCCCGCGCAGGGGUCGCUCUCAACAUCUUCAUUUCCCAACACCUCACGAUCCUUCAAACCCCCAACCACAAAACUUCUCGCACCGUCUCUCCGCCAACUACGCGCCACCACAACCACCACCACUACCACCAGCAGCAGCGAACCAACAAGCCUCCGCAGGGCCGCUGAAAGCCGGAGAUUUUUCCAUUAGACGGGAGACCAGGUGUGCGCACACGAGUUAUCUAGCCAUGGCGCGAGGCAACCAGCGGGAGAAGGCGCGCGAGAAGAAUCUCAAGGCGCAGGCUUCGCAGAAAUCCAAGAACACUGUACGUCCCCCAUUCCCCACCACCAUGCGCGUGCUGUUGCUGUGCUGCCCAUCCACUCUGUCCGGCACGCACACACCACGUCACACGUUCUGCCUAUCCUUUCCUUGCCUUACCUUUCCCUACCUCGUCUCGUGCGUGAUGAAAGAAUGUCCACAGUAACUAACAUCACGUCCCAACUUCGCAGCUCUCCGGAACCGAGUUCCAGCGCGCCAAGGAGGAUCAGGCGGCUAUCAUGAGGGCGAAGCAAGCGGCUG